AUGGAUGAAAUUUUUACGAAACUAGCUAUACACACUGCUUCCUUGAAACAAGUUACAAAUUAUAUAGUAAAUAGUGAUUCAUCAUCAUCAUCUACUCAAAAUAAUUUAGAUAUUGAGGAACUUGGACGUGUUAAAGAGAAUUUAGAACUUAGUAUACAAAUGGUACAACCUGCAAUUGAUUUGAUUGAAAUUAUUUCUGCGCGUGGGAAUACUUCAUUGGAACAAACUGUUAAUUAUACUACACGUUUAAGAAAAGAAAUUGAAUCUUUUGCUCAAAAGAUUUCUUCUGCAUUAGCUGACAAUGAUGAUGAUAAUAAAAAACUGGAAUAUGUUUAUGAAUUGGUUUUAAUUGAAGAUCUUAAUGAUGGUAGAUAUCAUGAUGAGUUUGAUAUUGAAGAUCCAAAGAAACAAAAAGAAAUCAAAUCAAAAUUAGAACAGCCUAAUGUUAGUAUUCCUGGAAAAAUCAAAAGAAUUCCUGUCACUUCAAUAUCACGAUUAUUUUAUAAUUCUUCUGGUUCUUUGUUAAACAUUGAAGAAUUGAAAAAAGUUUUAGGACCUAAUGUUGGAAUAAUAGAACGUGAUGAUGAAGGCAACAUAGUAAAUGUUAUAAUUGGUGAAGAUGAAGAUGAAAACGAAGUUUUUGAUAAAAAAAUUCAACCAGAACCAGCGAAAACGGAAAUUGUUAAAGCUUUAGAAGAAGAAGCAUCGAAAGUAUUUAAACAUGAAAAAUAUCAAUCUGAAGGAGAAAUAGAAUUUGUAAAAAAAAUGAUAGAGAGAUAUGGCGAAGAUUAUGAUGCGAUAUUACCAAUUAACGAUAAAAAUGAUUCUGAUUCAACAAUUUCCGGGGAUGAGGUUGAUGAAGGUAUUGAAAUUGAAAAAGAAAAAAUGAUUAACAAAAAAAUUGAAAAUAAAAACACUACGUCUAAUACAUAUAAUGAUGACGAUGAUAUAGAUGACGACAACGAAACAAUGGUUUCUAAUAUUAAUACUUUAAGUGUUCUCGAGUAUAUUUUACGUCUGAGUGCAUUGGAAGUCAGUGAGCAAACAAAUCAUUUAGAGGUGGCUGAUGAAAAAAUUAAUUUGUUUCUUAAAGACGAUGAAUCAUCUGGUGGCGGCGGCUCGGCUGCUGCAAGUUCAACAACUGUUGAACCAUCAUCUCCAACCAAGCCUACAUCACAAUCAUCAUCAAAUGUUAUUGGCGUGGAUUCUCCAUUG